AUGUCGCAGCAAUCCAAAGUCAUCAUCCUGAAACCUCCCCAUCCAGAGCCAAUCCACAAUGGAAGCUCAAAGCCCCAUCGCAUCGCAAUCAUAGGUGUCGGGGAUGUGGGCGCCGCAGUGGCCAAUGCACUCAUCCUCCGCUCAGUCGCAGACGAACUCCUCAUCAACGACACAGAUUCGAUGCUGCGAGAAGCUCAGAUCUGCGAUCUCUCUGAUGUGAGUUAUGUCUGUGGAAGCCGGACUCGUGUGCAAGCUGCGACACACCGCGAGGCCGGACAGGCUGAUAUUGUGGUCAUCACCAUUGGUUCGAGACAUUUUCGAGGAGAGACAAAUAUGCAGCAUACCUUUCGGAAGCUGUCGACUAUCCGCAGCGUCAUCGGUUCUAUGAAGCCGUUUGGAAAGGAAACAAUCCUGGUCGUCGUGGCCAAUCCCGUCGACAUCUUCACCUCCUUCGUGUACAAAUUGUCGGGUCUCCCAGCAACACGGGUGAUGGGGUCUGGGACCUGGCUUGACUCGAUUCGAAUGUCUAACGUUUUGGCUGAAAAGACAAAGGUGAGUAAGUCUCAUGCUACCGAGCCCAACUCCAUCAGUCUCCCUAUAUUGGGGGUGAGCGGGAAAUCGCAACUAGUAGCAUGGUCAACAACCUCAGUGGGAAACAUGCCCGCCAGCACCGACGGGCUCGAAGCACGAACACAGCCAUCGCCAUCGCCAUCACCUUCAUCAUCACCGUCAUCAACCCCACCACCAGUCACGCCGAACCCUACUGACCGAGAAGCAACCGAUAAAGAGUGCAACUACAGAAAAGACAGAAUGCUCCACGGAAAGGGCAAAAUCCCACUUGGCAUUGGAUCUUUGGCCGCCAGGAUAUGCGAGUCCAUUCUAUCGGACCAAGGCCAGGUCUGUCUUAUCAGCCAGUACCAGCCCAAAUGGGACUGCUGUUUCAGUUCGCCCGCGGCGUUGGGGAGGACGGGAAUCGUCAAGACGGUGGAGAUUUCUUUGCUUCCGGCUGAGUGGCAGGAUUUGGAGGAAACGGCCAAGGAAUUGAAGGAAAAACUUGAUUUGAUUCACGAGGGUCAAUGA